AUGGGCCAUAAGAACCAUGCGGAGGCAGAAGCCCGCCGCAUCCAUGAAUUGGAGCUUGAAUAUCUCCACGUAGCAGGGGCUGACCGGCAGGCUGGCAGCGCCGACAGGCCUCCUGCCAUGGAGGAGCAGGGGGAGAGCGACGCCGGCACCACCGCGAACCCCCCUGCAUCCACGGCAGAGGAAGGCACCUGUCUCGAUUUAGAGUGCGCCAUACGGGCAUCUCCCACUCCCACACUUACCGCUGACCUCAGUCCAAACAGAGGUGAAAGUGCCGUAACUCACAGCAAAAGCGCCCACCAGCCGCUCUGUCGGACCCAGUGUGUGGACUUGGGGACCGAAGGACCACCCGAGCCGCCGGUCAAGCUUUCAUCAUCAGAGGUCCAACAAGACAUCCACGCCUUGCUCCGACACCAGCCCGACUCUCAGGGAACCCACCCGAAAUCCGAACUGCCGCCAACCGCGGUCGACAGGCAAUAUCAGGCCAAACUGGAUUUUGCGCUCAAGCUGGGCUAUUCUGAAGAAUCGGUGCGGCUCGUGCUGUCCAAACUAGGGCCGAGCACUUUGAUCAAUGACAUACUAGGAGAGCUAGUCAAGCGGGGCUCUUCAGAAGGCGAGCAGCCAGUCGGCUCGUCCUUCUCCACUUCCACAUCAUCAUCAUCCUCUUGUUCCUCCGAUUUACCGGCAACUUCGGGAUUGGACUCUCCAUGCACGCCAGACCCUCCUUGUGACCAUGACAACUUGCGGCCCGUAGUGGUUGACGGCAGUAAUGUAGCCAUGAGCCAUGGCAACAAGGAGGUGUUUUCCUGCCAGGGCAUCCUACUGGCCGUUGAUUGGUUUUUAGAACGCGGCCACCAAGAUAUCACUGUUUUCGUUCCGGCAUGGAGGAAGGAGCAGUCUCGGCCAGACGCCCCUAUAACAGACCAAGAGAUCCUGCGACGUCUUGAGAAAGAGAAAAUCCUCGUAUUCACUCCUUCACGCCGCGUGCAAGGUCGGCGUGUAGUCUGUUACGAUGACCGCUUCAUCGUCAAGCUCGCCUUUGAGUCGGACGGUAUCAUCGUGUCUAACGACAACUACAGAGACCUUGCCAAUGAGAAACCUGAGUGGAAGAAGUUCAUCGAUGAGCGAUUACUCAUGUACUCCUUUGUUAAUGACAAAUUCAUGCCACCAGAUGACCCACUUGGCCGACAUGGUCCCAGCUUGGACAACUUCUUGAGGAAAAGACCCAUGGUGCCUGAGCAAAAGAAACAGCCUUGUCCAUAUGGAAAGAAGUGCACUUACGGCCACAAGUGUAAAUACUACCACCCCGAACGAGGCACUCAGCCACAACGAGCUGUGGCUGAUGAGUUGCGGGCCAGUGCUAAGACCUGCAUCAUCACCAAAAACCAGGGGGACUCCGGGCUGGUGAAAAGCCACAGCGUACCAGCUGGCAGCAUCGAGGCAAAAAAAGGUGCAGCAAAACGGCAGUCCGAUCCCGGAGUCCGAGCGCUUUCUUACAGUGACGCGGAGGAAAAGCUGGCAGCAAAAGAGAGUUGCAGCGGGACAUCGAGCCUGUCCACAGCUACGGGAGGACCGCUGUCUGGCUCACAACAGGACCGACUGUCCCGAGCUGGCACCCCUCAGUGUGUCCCCCCGACCCCUUGUCACGACUUCUACCCGCACUGUGAGUCCCCAGAUUUGAGCUACUACGCCUACAGCAGCCUGCGCAUCUCAUCCAGGCAGAACCCAGACACUCGCUUCCCCCAUGACAUGGACCUGCGACUUGGCUCCGUGGGAUCAGCCGGCUCGGAAUGUGGCAGCGAAAGCAGUGCGAGCUGCGGAAGCAGCUGCGAAUCCUAUGUUUGCCAGGAUGGCUCGAUUGACGACGCUGGCCAUUAUGCUAACCCCCACUGUCUGCCACAUUUCCGACAAACUGUGGGAAGCCACGAACUAUGCAGUUUUCAUGUGGCUGAUUACGCAAAAGUGACUAACCCGGGAGCGCACGGCUACGAAACAAGUGCAACACCGGGGCAAAUCUGGGAUCACAAUCAGGCCUCCGACACUACCCAGAAGCGGCCUCUCUAUCCGUUACCCCUUCAUUUCCAGCACCAGCCGCUCGCUGCUCGUUCUAGCUGCCCGGCCGACUACCACACCCUAGCCGCAUCUAACACCCCCAGCUCUCCUAUUGGUCGCCGCGGGGCUCCUACCAGAGCAGAGAGUGCAUCAGAAUCUCGUCUUUAUGACCACCUGUGCGUAUCCCAGCACCACAACCGGACAAAAGCUUUGCCUGCCUGGGAUACGUACUAUAGGGAUCCCCCAGCACCUCCUCGGUACGGUGUCUAUCAUAGCCUGUCAGACACAUGUCAGGGAUCAUGGCACUCGGCCCAAUGGGCACAAGAUGGCUGCAUUCCGCGGCACUUGUCUCAUCCCACUCUCCACUCGGCUCCAUCGCACUAUUUAAGUCACCCGCUACCUUCACCACAAUCUCCUCUUCCACCCCACCUCUCCCCAUCCUCAUAUGCGCCGCAGCCCCUCGAGUCCCCUGGCCACAACCGGUAUGGGGAGGCGAGGGAGAAAACGUAUGUCAACCUGUGCAACAUCUUCCCUCCUGAACUGGUGAGUCGGGUGAUGGGCAGGAGCCCGCACGUCACGGACCCUCAGCAGCUCGCGGCUGCCAUCCUAGCGGAGAAAGCUCAGAUAGGAUACUGA